AAAGGCAGUUAACAUCUGCAGCGCUCCAGUAAGUGGCGCCCUCUUCAGGUCAGUCUGGGAACAACAGCAGUCGAGAGAGGGGGCGGAGGACACAGAGGGACAGAGAAAGAAAGAAAAAGCCUGUGCGUGUUUUCGCAGGCGGAGUUUCGUUCUUGCGCACCCUUGGAAUUCACGGUGUCUGUAUUUUUUCCCUCGGGAUUGCUUGAGGAGACAGAAGGAGCGAGAACGCGCCGUCAGCGAGCAGAUGUUAUAGCUGGACUAUCCCUGUUUCCAGCCUGACAAUCGAGCGUAUCAUCUACUAAAAUGUGGCAGCCUGCGUCCGAGCGAUUGCAGCAUUUACAGACCAUGCUAAAGACCAAACUCAACGUGCUGACGCUCCGGAAGGACCAGCUGCCUACAGUGAUCUUUCAUGAGCCAGAAGCAAUCGAACUGUGCUCCACCACACCUCAUACGAAGAACCGCACACACACAGGAUAUAAGGUGACCUACCUUGGCAAAGUGACGAUUUCCGGCACUCAUUUCCUGUCCGGCUGCACCGAGUCAGCUGUGGUGGGAUUAUGGGACACAAAGCAGACGUCUGUCACCCACGACGACUCCAUCACUUCUACUAACACCAUACUGGAAAUCCGGCCGUUCCAGGUACGACUGCAUCACCUGGAUGGGCGGGGCGAGGCCACGGUCACCAUGGACACCUUCCAGGUGGCUCGCAUCGCGUACUGCACGGCGGAUCACGACGUCAGCCCGAACGUGUUCGCAUGGAUCUACCGGCAAAUCAACGACGAUCUGACCUUCCAGAUGGACUGCCACGCCGUGGAGUGCGAGAGUAAACUAGAGGCCAAA